AUAUGUAUUCCAACUAUGAUAUCCAAUCCUACUUUUUCUGAAAAACGACCAAGAAAUCCAAUUUAUUAUCUUUGGACAAAAUGGAAUCAAUCUACUCAAGAGAAAUAUGAAGAACCUAUUCAACAGAGUAUCUUUGGUAGUCCUUUAGAACAUGGAUUUAGUUUACCAGAACCUGUAAAACUUUGCUUUGAAGAAAUCAUCAAAAGAGGAUUGAAAAUUGAAGGACUUUUUCGAUUAUCGGGUGCGACUUCUGAAGUUAUCCAAUUGAAACAAGAAUUUGAACGACAACAAUCAUUCAACACUACAUCCAUCGAUCUGUCUUCUUAUGAUAUUCAUUCUAUUACCAGUUUCAUUAAGAAAUAUCUUCAUCAUUUACCCACUGCCGUUAUUCCUGUUGAAUACCACGAUGAAUUUACCAAUCUCACCAAACUACCAAAAGAUCAAGCCAUCAUUCAUCUGAUUGAUCUUAUUUCCUCAUUACCCGAUCAGCACCGCAUUCUUUUUUAUGCGAUCCUCACCUUGACUUCUCAUAUUCAACAUUAUGCUCAUAUCAAUAUGAUGAAUCCAGAAGCUCUUGCCGUCGUCCUGGCCCCUGUUUGCACCGGGUUGGAAAAAACAAUUCAAAUGAUCCCAACAAAGAAAUCAUCCAAAAGAAGAUCGAAAAAACAAGAACAACAACAACAUUAUCAACAACUCAAUACCAAGGAUAUUCAACGAUUUAUACAAACAAAUACAUGUUGGACGUUGUUAUGGAAAUGGAUGAUUGAAGAAAACGAUACAAUCCUAUCAUCUACCAAUGAACGAUUCAAUCCUUCACUACAACAUUUGGAUCAUACUUCUAUCGGAUCACCACCACCUCCGCCGCCUUUACCUUCUUUAUUGUUUUGGUCUACAGUACAAACAAAUGAUCGUCAACUAACUAUACGCAAGUCACCUUCCAGAAUUCAGUUGAAACAUAAACCUUCAUCUCCUUCUAUUUUAUCUUCAGGUGUUUCCUUGUGUCAAAAAUCUAGUCAUGGUUUUUUACGUCGAUUGGCCUCUGUCUCUUCAUUACGUUGAAAAUAUACAAGUUUUUCAUUGUUGUUAUCCCUUCUUUUUUUUUUUUUUUUUUUU